CGAGAACAGUGGAGCACUGUUUCCGCUGCCCCCGUUUGUUUAAUACGCCCAGACGCGCCUCCAGCGCGAGGCUGCCCAAGACCUCCUCGCUGGCCACCCCACGGCCCGCGGUCCGGCGGAGGCGGGAAAGCAGCGCGCCUGCGCCGUGGGAACCGGGGCCGGAGGCGAAAAGCGGGGAGCGGAGGGGGGCUGUUGGAGCUGAGUAGCGUACAGAGCGGCGUGUGACGCGGGGACGCCGCGCACUCCCAACGUCGCCCCGGUUUGACGCACACGGCACCAAACUAUAAGAAAUCCUUUGGCAAUUGAGAAAUACUAGGAAGAAAAACAGAAAGUCCUGUGAGAUAACUUUCCCAGAGGAAAAAAUCAGAGGAUAUCAAGAGGAAGAGGAGGAAGAAACUGCCAGGGCAGAAGCUAUAGCAGUGCACACUUCUCUUGGAUGGGAGAAAAUGAGACUGGAUUAAGGUUUGAUUUAAUUUCGGAUGAGAUUGUUCUUGAAGCAAGAUGUUAAUAAGACAAAAUCUAGACUAAAUGUGUUAAGUGGGCUUGCCAACAAUAUGGAUGAUGUGAAGAUAAACACCGAUAUUACUGGUGCUAAAGAAGAACUCAUAGAUGACAACAGUUUUAUCUCAGAGAAAGAGAGUGGAGUUCAUAAACCAAAAGAUUGUCAAACAUCAUUUCAGAAAAACAAUACAUUGACUCUGCCUGAAGAACUGUCAAAGGACAAAUCUGAAAAAGCCUUAAGUGGAGGCCAGUCUACUCUAUUUAUACAUGCCGGUGCUCCUACUGUUCCUAGUGAAAACUUUAUCUUGCCUAAAGGAGCUGCUGUUAAUGGACCAGUUUCACACUCCUCCUUAACUAAGACUUCCAAUAUGAAUAAAGGCAGUGUUUCAUUAACCACUGGACAGCCUGUGGAUCAGCCAACAACAGAAUCUUGUUCAGCUUUAAUGGUAGCAUCUGAUCUGCAGCUGUCUACACCACAGAAAGCAAGUCAACACCAAGUUUUAUUUUUGUUAUCAGAUCCAGCACAUGCUAAGAAUCCAACCCAUUCCAUUAAAAAACUACCUACCUCUGCUUCAGUUGGUUGUGACAUUCAGAAUUCAGUAGGGAGUAAUAUAAAGUCAGAUAGCACUUUAAUAAAUCAAGUAGAGGUGGGUGAGGAUAGUGAAGAUUUAUUAAUAAAAGAUGAUUGUGUCAAUACGUUAACAGGAAUUUCCUCAGGUACAGAUGAAUAUAGGUCAGAAAAUGAUACAAACUGGGAUCCUCAAAAAGAGUUCAUUCAGUUUCUUAUGACUAAUGAGGAAACAGUAGAUAAAGCUCCAGUUCACUCUAAAGUAGGUCUAGAAAAAAAGAGAAAGCGAAAAAUGGAUGUAAGCAAGAUAACUCGUUAUACUGAGGAUUGCUUUAGUGAUUCUAAUUGUGUACCCAAUAAAUCAAAAAUGCAAGAAGUAGACUUUCUGGAACAGAAUGAAGAGCUACAAGCAAUAGACUCACAGAAAUAUGCGUUAUCAAAAGUAAAGCCUGAGACAACUGAUGAAGACUUGGAAUCUGUGGAUACUUUUCAACAUCUAAUUUAUAACCCAGAUAAAUGUGGAGAAGACAGUUCACCUGUUCAUACUAGCACUUUUCUUUCAAAUUCCUUAAAAAAGAAAUGUGAAGAGAGUGAUUCUGAGUCACCUGCUACUUUCAGUAAUGAAGAGCCAUCAUUCUACCCCUGUACAAAGUGCAAUGUGAAUUUUAGGGAGAAAAAGCAUCUCCACAGGCAUAUGAUGUAUCACUUAGAUGGGAAUAGUCACUUUCGCCAUCUUAAUGUCCCAAGGCCAUAUGCUUGUAGAGAAUGUGGACGGACAUUUCGAGAUCGAAAUUCACUUCUAAAACAUAUGAUUAUUCACCAAGAAAGACGACAGAAGUUGAUGGAGGAAAUUCGUGAAUUGAAAGAACUUCAGGAUGAAGGAAGAAGUGCACGAUUACAGUGUCCUCAGUGUGUUUUUGGUACCAAUUGCCCUAAAACAUUUGUGCAACAUGCUAAAACCCAUGAAAAAGAUAAAAGGUACUAUUGCUGUGAAGAGUGUAACUUCAUGGCAGUGACAGAAAAUGAAUUAGAAUGCCAUCGAGGCAUUGCCCAUGGGGCAGUGGUAAAAUGCCCUGUGGAUAAUUCUGAUAUAGCCCAGAGAAAAACACAAAAAAAGACCUUCAUGAAAGACUCUGUUGUGGGAUCAUCAAAAAAAUCAGCUACCUACAUAUGUAAGAUGUGUCCUUUUACUACUUCAGCCAGAAGCAUUUUAAAAAAGCACAUGGAGUACUUGCAUUCAUCAUCAUGUGUUGAUUCAUUUGGUAGUCCUCUUGGACUUGAUAAGAGAAAAAGUGACAUCCUUGAAGAAUCUAUAGAUAUUGAUAGCACUAAACCAUUAAAUAAACAGCAGUCAACCACAUUUCCAAAGAACUCUGCUUUAAAACAAGAUGUGAAGCGAACAUUUGGAUCAACUUCACAAUCAAGUAAUUUUUCAAAAUUUCAUAAGCGGCCACACAGAAUACAAAAAGCUCGGAAAAGCAUCACCCAGUCAGGUGUAAACAUGUGCAAUCAAAACAAUUCUGCUCACAAGGCUGUUAUUAAAAGCAGCAUUGAUCAAAAACCUAAGUAUUUCCAUCAAACAGCAAAAGAAAAAUCUAAUGCCAAGGCAAAUAACAACUAUUUAUAUAGACACAAAUAUGAAAACUACAGGAUGAUCAAAAAAUCAGGUGAAUCAUAUCCUUUUCAUUUCAAAAAAGAAGAAGCUAGUUCAUUAAAUUCUUUACAUCUCUUUUCAUCAUCAAGUAAUUCUCACAACAACAGUUUUAUUUCAGACCCUCAUAAGCCUGACAACAAAAGUCCAGAAAGCUUCAAAGACCACAGGCGUGUAGCUGUAAAGAGAGUAGUUAGGGAAUCUAAGAAGGAAAGUUCUGUUGGAGGAGAAGACUUGGAUGGCUAUCCAGAUUUUUUGCAUAAAAUGACAGUUGUUGUUUUGCAAAAACUUAACUCUGCUGAAAAGAAAGAUAGUUAUGAAACAGAAGAUGAAAGUUCAUGGGAUAAUGUUGAGCUAGGAGACUACACUACACAGGCCAUAGAAGAUGAAUCCUAUAACGAUAUUAAUCAAGAACAUGUAAACUUAUUCCCUCUAUUUAAAAGCAAGGUGGAAGGUCAAGAAUCUGGAGAAAAUGCUACCCUUAGCUAUGAUCAAAAUGAUGGCUUUUAUUUUGAAUAUUAUGAAGAUACUGGCACUAACAAUUUUUUGCAUGAGAUACAUGAUCCUCAGCAUUUAGAAAAUACAGAAACUUCAUUGUCAAAGCAUAGUUCUGUUUUUCAUUGGACUGAUUUGUCUCUUGAGAAGAAAUCGUGUCCUUACUGCCCAGCAACAUUUGAAACAGGUGUUGGGUUAUCAAAUCACGUCCGGGGACAUCUUCACAGAGCAGGAUUAAGUUAUGAAGCUCGUCAUGUUGUAUCACCAGAACAAAUAGCCACAAGUGACAAAAUGCAACAUUUCAAAAGAACUGGCACAGGGACCCCUGUUAAGCGAGUUAGAAAAGCUAUAGAGAAGUCUGAAACCACUUCUGAACACACUUGUCAGCUCUGUGGUGGUUGGUUUGAUACUAAAAUUGGAUUAUCAAAUCAUGUUAGAGGCCACCUGAAAAGACUUGGAAAGACCAAAUGGGAUGCUCACAAAUCUCCUAUCUGUGUUCUGAAUGAGAUGAUGCAGAAUGAAGAAAAAUAUGAAAAAAUCUUAAAGGCAUUGAACAGUCGUCGUAUUAUUCCCAGACCAUUUGUAGCUCAGAAACUUGCAUCAAGUGAUGACUUUAUAUCUCAAAAUGUUAUACCUCUUGAAGCAUACCGUAAUGGCCUAAAGACUGAAGCUCUGUCAGUGUCUGCAUCAGAGGAAGAAGGGCUGAAUUUCUUAAAUGAAUAUGAUGAAACUAAACCAGAACUGCCCAGUGGAAAAAAGAAUCAGUCUCUUACACUGAUAGAACUUCUUAAAAAUAAAAGGAUGGGAGAAGAAAGGAAUUCUGCUAUUUCUCCUCAAAAGAUCCAUAAUCAGACAGCAAGAAAGAGAUUUGUUCAGAAAUGUGUUCUUCCAUUAAAUGAAGACAGUCCAUUGAUGUAUCAUCCACAAAAAAUGGACUUCACUAUGCACUCAGCCUUAGAUUGUAAGCAAAAGAAAUCAAGGUCAAGAUCUGGAAGCAAGAAGAAAAUGCUGACGUUACCUCAUGGUGCUGACGAGGUUUACAUUCUCCGAUGCAGGUUUUGUGGCCUAGUCUUUAGAGGACCAUUGUCUGUUCAGGAAGACUGGAUUAAGCACUUACAACGACACAUUGUAAACGCUAAUCUUCCACGGACUGGAGCUGGCAUGGUGGAAGUCACAUCACUACUUAAAAAGCCUGCCUCUAUUACAGAAACUUCAUUUUCUCUACUAAUGGCAGAAGCAGCUUCAUAGAACCGGGAAAUCUUUUAAAUAGCAAAUUUGAAUUGGAUGUAAAUUUGAAAUUCUUUCUUGUUUUUUUUUAAAGCCACAUUAAAUUAUCCGUUUAUAAAUACUAAAGCAGAAAAAUGGGGAAAAGUGAAUUAUAGUGAAAUCAGAGCAAAUUGAAUACUUAAAACAGUAAGUAGUCUACUAUAUUUUAUAUAGGGUGGAAGACAUGUUUACUAAGUUUUGUUGGUUAACUGUGUUCACUCAAUAAAAGAUCAGUACGUAAGCAGCCAUUUAUAAACUGUUGCUCAUGAAUACUUAGAGACAGACAUGGAUACUUAGAGACAGACUUAUUGGAAAAUUAUGUUUUCUGCAGUGUUACCACAAUCAAGGCUCUGUUUAUUCCCCACAAGACUUGCAUAGAAAAAUAAGAUAUUAUAUUUUGUUUGUAUGUAUUUAGUGUUUUGUAUAAUACCAGGAACUGCUAACUAAAUUUACUCAAUUUAGGGCAUUAAAUAUCAUGUACUUCAUAGUUUGAGACUGUUCACUCAAAUAGGGCAGAGUACUAUUCUAUCUAGAUGUGUAAGUGUUUUUUUUAAAUCACACGGAACGGUUUUUUUUAUACUAAAAAGUGGAGGGAGAUUUGUUUAAACAGGUAUUUCUAAAAGAAAUAUGUACAUAGUCCUGGAAAUUAUUUGUGGUAAGGAAAUAUUCUUUACUCCAGUUGCAUUUCUCAGACAAUAAAGUGGUGCAUCCAUGCUACCUCCUACUUUGUCAACAAAGAUGCUAUUUACCCUUUACAUUUUUGUAUCAUAAUAGAUGAAAAAAAUCUAAUGUUCUUUAUUGCAAGACAUUCUUUUGUUAACAGAUUUUUUUUUUUUAAUGUUUUACCUAAAAUUUGACAUGCUUACAGGACAGGUUUGCCUCUUACUUUAUUUAACAUUGUAGAAAUGUAAUUAAUAAACAAUGCUCACUACACAAUUUAGAAUAGGCGUUCUCAUUUAUACUAUCUUCCAAAUUUGAUCAGUUAGCAAAACUUAAUACACCAAUUAAAAUAUUUCUACAUAUGAUGAGAAUGUUUACAAUUUAAAUUUUAGAACUUGUUUUGGAUGUGAUUAUAUGUACGAAAAUCGUGUAACACUAUGCUCAUGCUAAGAACCGACAUAAUGGAAUUACUGAAAUAAAUGUGCUGUGAGGAAUGGAAAAUAUGGUGCAGGUGUCUUGGUCAUGAUAAAUUGUGAUUCUUCUUUUAAACUCUUUCCACAAACAAAUUACUUCUUUUAAUCUGAAAUCAGAUUCCUUUACAAAUAACAAUUUUUGUAUGCAAGCACCAUUUCAUUUUAUUUCAUGUAGUAUGGCUAAUACUAUAUAGUUGAACCAAGGAUAUGCAUUGAUUCUUUGCUUUGUCUGUAAAUAAAGUUAAAAACAGUUAAAAUAAGGAGUAUUUUAGUAGAGUAUAUACAUACCUCACUGCCAGUGAAAUUGCUUUCCUAUGGUAUAUCUCCUUACCAGAAAAAUCUCUAAAUAAAAAAAGACUUAAAGAAAA